AUGGCCGGAACAGAAAAGAAAAAAAGAGACGAGAAGGCUUUGUCUUCUGCAACCUGGGAUGACGUGGCGAAGGAUGAGAAGCUGGAUGAAAUGAACGGGUCGGAUCUGGGUGCCGCGCAGGGACGCCCAGUGAACAGCCGCGGAGAGGAUCUGAAUUUCGCUCUUCCUCACAUUCACCUGGGCGCCCGGUCUCAAUCAACGUUGCCUCUUCCUCACAUCGCCAUCUUCGUGGUAACCCGCGUGUCCUCCGUUACGCGCCUUGACUGGCUUUUUAUCUCAAGCUCUCAUCGCGCCGUUCUCAGAUUCGUGUUCGUCUUCGCCGUCGCUGCCCAGAUCCGCAUAAUUGUGAGGAAAGAAAUAUGUUUCCGUUGGUGCAUUUCUGCUUCUGCAAUCUGAAGAAUGAGACACAGUGAGGUGUCUUACUUUAUGUUGAAAUGUUCUGCGGUAGUUUUAGUGCCGGGAAUGAAUCUCAUUAUAUAAUCUUGCUUAUAAAUUUUCCG